CUUCCCUCUCACUUUCACAAACACUUAUAAUAAAAAAAUAAAUAAAUAAAUAACAAAAAUCCAUUUCACACUCACAUUCCCUCCUUAUAAAUAUAUCUCAAAAACUUUCAAAUAUUCUUCAUUCAAAUAAACAAAAUGUCUUCGUCUUCAUUCUCUCUUCUCUUUAUUGCUAUAUUUCUUGUUUCAUUUUCACAAAUAUCUCUUUCAUUAUCAUCCAAAUUUUUCUUACCUUCUCAUAAUGAUAAUGUUGAACAUGUCAUUAGUCCAAAAAAAUUUCCAAUUACUAUGGCUGAAAAAUUCAUUAGGCAACUUAAUUUAUUCCCUAAACAUGAUAUUAAUAUUGUUUCUUCAAAGGAAAAUAUUUUCAAUAAUUAUGAGGAGAAAUUAUUCGAGAAGAAAUUGAAUUUAUCUUAUAUUGGUGAUUCUGGUUCUACUGUUCAAGAUUUAGGUCAUCAUGCUGGUUAUUUUCCCCUUGUACAUACUAAAUCUGCAAGGAUGUUUUAUUUUUUCUUUGAAUCAAGGAGCAACAAGAAUGAUCCAGUAGUAAUAUGGUUAACAGGAGGGCCAGGAUGUAGCAGUGAAUUGGCUUUGUUUUAUGAAAAUGGACCUUUCAAAAUUUCAGACAACAUGUCUCUUGUCUGGAAUGAUUAUGGCUGGGACAAGGUGUCAAACCUUAUAUACGUUGAUCAACCAACAGGAACUGGUUUUAGUUAUACUUCUGAUGAAAGUGACAUUCGUCAUGAUGAAACUGGUGUAAGCAAUGACCUUUAUGAUUUCUUACAGGCCUUCUUCAAAGCUCAUCCUGAGUAUGUAAAGAAUGAUUUCUACAUUACUGGAGAAUCAUAUGCUGGGCAUUAUAUUCCUGCAUUUGCUUCUUGUGUUCAUCAAGGAAAUAAAAACAAAGAAGGAAUUUACAUAAACCUCAAGGGAUUUGCCAUUGGUAAUGGACUCACCAACCCAGAAAUUCAGUACAAAGCUUACACAGACUAUGCUUUGGAUAUGAAAUUGAUCAAUCAAGACGAUUACGAUGAUAUAAACCAACUAUAUCCAAAAUGUCAACAGGAAAUUAAGCUUUGUGCAAAUGGUAGUGAAGAUGCUUGUUCGAGGGGAUUUAGAGAUUGCAUAAGCAUUUUCAACAAUAUAACGGAUAUUGCAGGCAAUAUAAAUUACUAUGAUAUCCGGAAGACUUGUGAGGGUAGCCAUUGCUAUGAUUUCUCGCGAAUGGAAACUUACCUCAAUGAUGCCCGAGUUAAGAAAGCUCUAGGUGUUCCCAGUGUUAUUGAUUUUGUCUCGUGUAGUUCUUCAGUUUAUCGAGCGCUGAAGACAGACUGGAUGAAGAAUCCUGAAGUCGGUAUUCCUUCACUUCUUGAGGAUGGUAUCAAUCUACUCGUUUAUGCUGGAGAGUAUGACCUUAUCUGCAACUGGCUCGGGAACUCAAAUUGGGUGCAUGCCGUAGAAUGGUCUGGACAGAAAGGCUUUGGGGCUGCACCAUCGGUUUCUUUCUCAGUAGACGAUGAGGAGAAAGGCGUUCUAAAGAACUUUGGACCUCUGACUUUCCUCAAGGUCUACGAUGCAGGUCAUAUGGUGCCGAUGGACCAACCUAAGGCAGCACUCGAAAUGCUUCAGAGGUGGACUCAAGGCAAAUUGUCCUAGACAAGUCAUCAGGAACCACACUUACUGAACAGCUUAACGAUAUUCCAGCAAUAUAAUACCAGCAAAACAUAGAAAAUCAUGUCGAUACAUUUCACCUUUUCCGGUGAAUGUUAAAUCUUCUAAGAUAUUGGAAUAAUGUUACAAGAUAUAGUGAAGCAUACUGUUUACUCUA